GCCGAUUGCUGGGCACAGGUGGGUGGGUCCGUGGAGUAUUAUCCAGCCAUGUCUUGGGGGCAGCCGCCGCUGGCUGGGAAAAUGCUGCGGGCUGGACCUGGCGCUGCUGUUCGGCUUGUGGCUGAGGGCUUGGGGUCUUCCUCUGGCUGUACUGCACUCGGGAAGAGGGGCUACGCUUCUGGGCAGGAGAACCUGAAACAGACGCCACUCUAUGAUUUUCACCGGCACCAUGGAGGGAAGAUGGUGGCCUUUGCAGGCUGGAGCCUUCCUGUGCAAUAUACACACAGCCACUUGGAAUCCCACCUGCACACACGCCAACACUGCUCCCUCUUUGAUGUGUCUCACAUGCUGCAGACUAAAAUAUUUGGCAGAGACCGUGUGAAAGUCCUAGAGAGCCUAGUGGUUGGGGACAUUGCAGAGCUGAAGCCUAAUCAGGGCACUCUGUCUCUCUUCACAAAUGAAAAAGGAGGCAUCAUAGAUGACUUGAUUGUGACCAGCACCGAAGAGGAGCACUUGAACGUGGUAUCCAAUGCAGGCUGCGUGGACAAGGAUUUAGCUCUCAUGCAGAACAAGGUGAAGGAAAUGAAAGCAGCCGGCUGUGAUGUGGACUUGGAGGUUUCAGACAAUGCUUUGCUGGCUCUGCAAGGUCCUGCCAUGGCCCGAGUGCUGCAGCCUGGCGUGUCAGACAAUCUGGCUAAGCUACCCUUCAUGAGCAGUGCAGUGAUGGGUGUGUUUGGAGUGCAAGGCUGCAGGGUGACACGCUGUGGCUACACAGGCGAGGAUGGUGUGGAGAUCUCUGUCCCUGCAAGCCGAGCUGUGGAGCUAGCUGAGCUGCUGCUUAGGGACCCUUCUGUGUGGCUGGCUGGACUUGCUGCCCGGGAUAGUUUGCGCUUGGAGGCAGGGCUCUGUCUCUAUGGCAACGACAUUGAUGAAAACACAACCCCCGUGGAGGCUAGUCUGAUUUGGACCCUCGGGAAACGCCGCCGUGCUGCUAAGGAUUUCCCAGGUGCACCUGUCAUUCUGGCCCAAAUCAGAGAGAAGCCCAAGAGGAAACGUGUGGGGCUGACCUCUACAGGGCCUCCCGUCCGGCAGCAUGUGCCCAUCCUCAGCCCCGAGGGCAAGGUUAUCGGCGAGGUUACCAGUGGCUGCCCCUCACCCUGCCUACAGAAGAACAUUGCCAUGGGCUAUGUGGAGAGUGAACACAGCAAACUGAGUACAGCCCUCACAGUAGAGGUGAGGAAGAAGAACUGCCCAGCUCUAGUGACCAAGAUGCCCUUUGUGUCCACCCAUUACUACACAGUGAAAUGAGCUGCUGCCACCAACCCUGCCUUCCAGUUCUUUCCCCGUCACCAUCUGAGAGGAAAGGAUUCCAUUAAGGCUCUGGCAGAAUGGCUGCUAUGGGGCGGGGGGGAUCCAACUCUGAAGGACGAAGACCAUCACAGUGUGCUGAAGAAGAGAGGCUUCUUUUGGCCCAGACCACAGAGCAGACUAGGAGUCGUUUAUGAAAUCAUACUGCAACCUCCUGACCCUUUGAGGUUGCCCCUUUAGGUCCCAGUACUGACACCAGAAGGCUUGUAAGAAUGUGAGAUACUCCAGUUUCUCAACAGAGCCUACACACUUCUUGUUUCCCCAAAUAUUAAAGAGGCCUUAACUCCACUCCUGCCCUCCCUUUGUUUGAAAUGCCAUUUUAAUCUGCCUACAUGUAACCUGCUCCUUUUCUUGUAGUAAUUUGAUGUAUACACAGCUGUAAGAAAGGAGACCUAUCCUUAUAACUACCA